AUGGAUUCUAUUGUUUGCCCAAUUUGCUUAUCCAAUUUCGACACUGUAUCAAAGCCUCCUCGCAUAUUUCCGAAAUGUGGUCACUCUUUAUGCACUGAAUGUAUAAUGACUUUAUGAAAAAAGAAUCCUGAAGUCAUUUGUCCUUUAUGUAAGGGAGCUUUAAUUCUGGACUCUAUCGAUGAUCUACCAGUGAAUUGGGGACUGUUGUCUAGCAUAAUGAAUAUCCAAAUCUUCUGUGAUAAUCAUCCUGAUAAAAUUUCUUCGUACUUUGAUAAAAAUAGCAUUCAAUGUCUUUGUUUAGAGUGCGCACAAACGAGAGAUCAAAAAUAUUUAAAAAGCUUAGAAGACAAUGCAGAUCAAUAUUUUUCGAAUAGAAUAGCAAAGCUCUAUAAAGAAUGCAAGAAUGCAAUGAGUGCAGAAGACCAUCGAUCCAUAAGAAAUGCGAGAAGUGAUUCAACAAGCCAUAAAUAUAAAGCAUACAAAAAAUUGGUGGAGAUCGCUAACACUGUGAACUGCGACAGACAUCCAGAUAGGCAAGCCACAUUGGUCAACCCAGAAAAAGGAAGAACAUUUUGUGAUAUCUGUGUAAUGCCAAGGAACAGCCAAUCUUUUGUGCCCAUUUUAAGGAAUCAUGAACUUAAAGAACUCCUUGCAAAACGAAUAGAAGAGUUAAUAGAAGAGCUCCCUGUUCAUGUGUCCUCGAAUUUAUUGAAGAGAGAAUUAGCAAAGCACAAACAUAUGCUUUUAAGUCAGCUUAUAGGAGAUAUUAAAGAGCUAAUAGAUGUGAAUAAAAAGGGGCAAGAAAUUCAAGUUGCUCUGCCAUUUAAUGGCAGCACAUGUGAGCUUUGUGGCAAAGGCUAUAUUUUUUCUGAAAUAUACCCACUUCAAAUCCCUUGUGGAGAGAGGCAUAUAAUCUGCAAUGUCUGCUUUAGCGAAAAUAUAAACGAAGAUAAUCCUCAAUGUCCUAUAAACGGAGAGCUUUUAUUAGAACUUUCGCCAAUAAAAAUUUUUGCUCCCAAUUUUGAAGCUCCUAAAUGUCCGGCAUGCAAGUUAUAUUUUAAUUUAGAAUUUCAUACACCAAGAGUCCUUCCUUGUAAAAAAGUUGUAUGCGUUAUGUGUAUAAAUAAUAAAAGCCAGCACCCUUGUGAUUACUGCCAAGAAUUACAUGGCGAAAAUUACUAUCCGAUAUCGAAAUUUUUUUGCGAUUUAGCCUUAUUCACUCAGGUAAAAUGCGACUUGCAUAGAGGAAUUCAUGCAAGUUAUUACCAAAAAAAAUUGAUGAAAUUUGCUUGUGAAGAAUGCAAUAAAAACUGCCAGGAUUCAGAAAAAAUUUGGGAUAAUGGAGAAAAUAUAUCAGUUCUAUUGAAGGAUUUUAUAAUAAAGAUUGAUGAAAAGGAAAGAGUAUUAGAAAAAAUAUCAGUUUCCGCCCAAGAUUUAGAAGAUGGAAAGUAUUCAAAUCAAGCAAAGGUUGAUAUUAUAAAGCAUAUAAGAUCAGCAAAAGAGAAACAAUUUGCGGAAAACCUUAAAGGCAGAGAAAUCCUUCAAGAUGAAAAACUUGAGAACUCAAGGGCAGUUUUAUGCAGAUUUUUAACUGUUAUGCCACCUCAAAAAUGGGACGGCCAGUGUGCUUUCCCAUACAAUCCAUGGUUCAUUGAUACGGAAAACCAUCAAAUUGAAGCUGUCACUUUUAAAGCUGACCACAGAAUUAAAAUUGCUGGCUUAGGAGUUUCUAUACCCCUUGAUUGCAACGAAAACUAUGUAAUUGAUCAUAUUGCAAUCUUUGAAGGUGAAAAUUCUAUGAGAAAUCCUGACAAUAUUAUGGUCAGGGGUGAGCAUUUUGUUUUUAAAGAAUUUGUCCAAGAUAUAUUUUUUACUGAAAAAGUUGAAAUUCCUAUGAACACUUUCUGGACAAUUCAGAUGAAAAUUAAUGCAAACUUUGUUUAUAGAGGAAAUCCAUUAGAUAAGCCAGAGUUUGCUGUAGGAUCUGAUUGCACAAAAUUCGAAUUUAAAGAAACCACUGCAGGACCUGAUACAUAUAUUUCUUCUCAAAACGAUAUUCAUGGUCCAAUUAUCAAAAUUUAUUAUGACAAAGUCAAGGAAGACUAA